AUGGCUUCUGUCGAUCUCCAAGAAAAAGCAAAUUUUGCAAGACUCAGUAGACUUUUAGUUGGCAAAGGAACUGAGGCUUUGAGAAAUACAUUUGAUACCAUCCAUCUACCUGUUAGUCUACCCGGAGUUCUGGCUGCAAACAAAACAUCUCUUCAAAAGUUAAAACCUCGAGUUAUUAAUAAUUCCCAGUGGGAUUUACUGUUUCCUCCGUCUGGCAACCCACCAGAUUCCAAAACCUUUGAUGUCACAUUGCUUACAGUUCUAUUCCGGAACAUUUGUGGUUUUCCAUCAACAGGAUGGAGUGUAAUGCCUCCGGAUACUGAUAGGGCAACGCAGGCGAAUAUCACAAGAAUCAAGUGUUACAGAAAUGAAGUUAUUGCACAUGUAACAACAACCAGAGUUGAUAAUUCAACAUUUCAAUCUUUAUGGAAGAAAAUUGCCCUGGCGAUAGUGGAAUUGGGCGUUUCACAGAGUGAUAUCGACGAUUUAGAAAAAUGUCCUCUUGCGCCUGAAGAAGAAGUGUAUGUGCAAAAGCUUAAAGAUUGGAAACUGCACGAAGAUGAGUGUAUUAAAAUGCUUGCAACAAUGACGCAAAUCGUUGAACAAACCCGCGAUGGAGUAAAUCUACUAUGCCAGUCUUUGUUGAAGAAAAGUGACACUGAGAUCCCGCAAAUUUCCCUCAAGCGUACGCUAUCAAUACCCGAGGAUGGCAAUCCUGAAAAAAAAUUAUGCAAGGAGAAUAGUGAAGAUGUAUUAAGAAAACUUGCCAAACAUAAUUUCAAGAAUAAAAUUCAAAGAAAAUUAAAAUUUUUCCUUCCUGGAACAAGAGAGUGGUUGUUAAAAGAAGUUGACGAGUGGUUUUGUAGCAGUGAGAGUGAUUCAAGAAUAAAGUUAAUAACAGCUGGACCAGGAUUUGGUAAAAGCGUGUUUGCUGCUAAAAUCUGUGAAGAUUUUGAGAAGAAUGGAAAGCUGGCUGCUUGUCACUUUUGUGAUUUCAGUGAUUCAAACCUUAGAGAUCCUAUGGUGAUGUUGCAGUCUCUCGCAAGUCAGAUGUGUAAGAGCGUCCCUGGCUUUAAAAAGCAGCUCCUUGAUCAAUUACAGCGACCGCAUCAAGUCCAAAAUCUCAGAGAUGCCUUCCAAAUAUAUUUACAAAAUCCCUUAGCUGAAUUGGAAAUAAAAGAGCCGCGUUUAAUCGUGAUCGAUGGCUUGGAUGAAAGUGCUGCUUAUAAUAAGAAUGAAAUUACUCAUUUGAUUGCUGAAUAUUUUCCUGAUCUUCCCGAGUGCAUCAAAAUCUUGGUGACGAGCAGGCCAGAGAUUUCCGUUGCUGAUCUAAGACUAAGAGACGAUCAAAAGACGAACAUUGCGAAUGUUAACGCCAACAAUAACUCAGAUCUUGAACUUUAUUUUAAAGAAUGUCUUCCAGGUUUAGUUGGCAGGGAAGUAAAUCAAAGUGAAAUGGGAUAA